GAGAGCGCAUGAUGGCGGCAGCGGCAGCCCCGGCCGCGGUGGUGGAGGUGAGCAUGAGCAGCACCGGGAGUAGCAGCAGCGACACUUCCAGCACGGGCGAGGAAGAGAGGAUGAGGCGCCUUUUCCAGACCUGCGAUGGGGACGGCGACGGCUACAUUAGCAGGAAUGACUUACUAAUGGUGUGUCGCCAGCUGAACAUGGAAGAGUCUGUGGUGGAGAUAAUGCAUCAACUCGGUGCAGAUGAAAAUGGGAAGAUUUCCUUUCAGGAUUUUACACGAUGUCGUAUGCAGCUCGUGCGAGAAAUCAGGAAAGAAGAGGUGGAACUUUCAGUAAAAUCAGAUGAGACUCAUAAAAAGAAAGCAUUAAGGGAUAGAAUUGCUUCUUGGCCAACAAGCAGUGAUAACAGUUUGGGCGCACUCUCAGGAGCUAAAGAGAGUUGGGAAUAUGAUUCUGGAGCUAGAGACCUUCAGAGUCCUGACUUACACAGUCGUUCAACUCUACAGAAGCUCUUUGAAUAUGGAGGCAAUGCCAUGAAUCAGCACUCUGCCUUACCAAGACUGCUUACACAAGCCUCCAGUCUUAGCAAUUCAGUUGGAGGAAGUUACCUGGAACUUGCUAAUACUCUCCACUUAGCAGCACUGGCAUCUCUGAAAGGAGACAUCGUUGAACUUAAUAAACGCCUACAGCAAACGGAACGAGAAAGGGAUUUGUUGGAAAAGAAAUUGGCAAAAGCACAGUGUGAACAGUCCCACCUAAUGAGAGAGCAUGAAGAUGUGCAAGAGCGGACAACGCUUCGCUAUGAGGAACGAAUUACAGAGCUCCAUAGCAUUAUUGCAGAGCUAAAUAAGAAAAUUGAUCGACUGCAAGGAACUACUAUAAGGGAAGAAGAUGAAUAUUCAGAAUUGCGAUCAGAACUUAGUCAGAGCCAGCAUGAGGCCAAUGAAGAUUCACAUAGCAUGGACCAAGAUCAGACUUCCGUUUCUGUCCCGGAGAACCAAUCAACUAUGGUUACAGCUGACAUGGAUACCUGUAGUGAUUUGAACUCAGAACUACAAAGAGUACUGACGGGACUGGAGAAUGUUGUCUGUGGGAGAAAGAAGAGCAGCUGCAGUUUGUCAGUGGCAGAUGUGGACAGACACAUCGAACAGCUCACCACUGCCAGUGAACACUGUGACUUAGCCAUUAAGACAGUUGAAGAGAUUGAAGGUGUGCUAGGACGGGACUUGUAUCCAAAUCUGGCUGAAGAGAGAUCGCGAUGGGAGAAGGAACUGGCAGGUUUGAGGGAAGAGAAUGAGAGCCUCACAGCAAUGCUAUGCAACAAGGAGGAAGAGCUAAAUAGAACCAAGGCUACCAUGAAUGCCAUCCGAGAAGAACGAGACAGAUUACGCAGAAGGGUUCGAGAACUGCAGACACGUUUACAAAGUGUCCAGGCAACUGGCCCUUCAAGUCCCAGUCGUCUCACUCCUGCAAACCGUCCCAUUAACCCUAGCACUGGAGAACUGAGCACAAGUAGCAGCAGUAAUGACAUUCCCAUUGCCAAGAUUGCAGAACGAGUAAAACUCUCAAAGACAAGGUCAGAAUCUUCAACAUCUGAUCGCCCUGUCCUGGGAUCAGAAAUCAGCAGCAUAGGGGUGUCCAGUAGUGUAGCAGAACACCUAGCUCACUCUCUUCAAGACUGUUCCAACAUCCAGGAGAUUUUCCAGACACUGUACUCCCAUGGAUCUGCUAUCUCUGAAAGCAAAAUCCGAGAAUUUGAAGUAGAAACUGAGCGGCUAAACAGCCGUAUUGAACACUUGAAAUCUCAGAAUGAUUUAUUGACAAUCACUCUGGAAGAGUGCAAGAGCAAUGCUGAGAGAAUGAGCAUGUUGGUUGGAAAAUAUGAAUCAAAUGCCACGGCCCUCAGGCUCGCCUUGCAAUACAGUGAACAGUGCAUUGAAGCCUAUGAGUUGCUCUUAGCAUUGGCAGAAAGUGAACAGUCUCUCAUUCUGGGACAAUUCAGAGCUGCAGGUGUUGGGUCUGUUGGGGACCAGACAGGUGAUGAAAACAUCACCCAAAUGCUUAAAAGAGCCCACGACUGCAGGAAGACGGCAGAGAAUGCAGCCAAAGCCCUGCUGAUGAAGUUGGAUGGUAGCUGUGGAGGAGCCUAUGCAGUCACAGGUUGCAGUGUGCAGCCCUGGGAGAGCCUGUCGUCUAACAGUCACACCAGUACUACUAGUUCAACAGCAAGUAGUUGUGAUACUGAGUUCACAAAGGAGGAUGAACAAAGAUUGAAGGACUACAUUCAGCAGCUGAAGAAUGACAGGGCGGCUGUUAAGCUGACCAUGUUGGAGCUGGAGAGCAUCCAUAUUGAUCCUCUCAGUUACGAUGCCAAGCCUCGAGGAGACAGCCAAAGGCUAGAUUUGGAAAAUGCUGUACUCAUGCAGGAACUUAUGGCAAUGAAGGAGGAAAUGGCAGAGCUGAAAGCCCAGCUGUACUUGCUAGAAAAAGAGAAGAAAGCCCUAGAGCUGAAGCUGAGCAGUCGAGAAGCUCAAGAACAAGCAUAUCUAGUCCACAUUGAGCACCUGAAAUCAGAAGUGGAAGAGCAAAAGGAGCAGAGAAUGAGAUCCCUCAGCUCAGCCAGCUGCAGCAGCAAAGACAAGUCAAAUAAGGAGUGCACAGAUGGUACCACAGCAUCAUUAACACUAGCUGAGCUGAAACCCUACAGUGAAAGUGAACUGACUACAGAACUGGCAAAUGCACUCAGGCGAGAAAAGAAACUGAAAGCAAGAGUGCAGGAGUUGGUGAGUGCCUUAGAAAGACUAACAAAGAGCAGUGAAAUCCGGCACCAGCAGUCUGCUGAGUUCGUUAAUGACUUGAAAAGAGCAAACAGUAACCUUGUGGCUGCCUAUGAGAAAGCAAAAAAGAAGCAUCAAAACAAGCUGAAGAAACUGGAAUCCCAAAUGAUGGCUAUGGUUGAAAGGCAUGAGACUCAAGUGAGAAUGCUCAAACAAAGAAUUGCUUUGCUGGAAGAGGAGAACUCGCGACCUCAUACCAAUGAAACUUCACUUUAAGCAAAGAAUUUUUUAAAAAAUCCUGUGCCAUUGCAAAAUAUGACUCCUUGCAAGACUUUUUUAGGUGUUGAAUACAGGACCCAAAACAAUGGUCAAAGUUGGAGGUCAGUGCUUCAGAGAGAGUUUGUGGCUUUGACAGUAUGCAGCUAUGGGAAGGUGCAACACACAAAAAAGACAUGGAUGGAUGGAUGUGCAUACUCAGACAGUGCCUGAUGGUAAAUGUAUAUGUUAUCAUGGUAAUUAUUUUGUUCACCGUUGCAGAUGUUUCCUUUUUCUUUCAAAUUUAUAUGGGUAGGAACACCCUUCCAUUCUCGUUCAUCAAACACUCUCUUUUGAGUCCAUUGUAUUCUUGAGGGAAGGCUUAAACAGGUAGCUUUCUUCCAGAUGGUAGCAUAUCUUCCCAUCAUCUCCUUUCUGCCACUCAUCCUGUUUCUCUGCAAUGAAAAUGCACAACCAGGUCCACUGUGGCUAGGCAGCCAUUUAUUUGUAGCCAGCUUCUAGCUACCAGGCAAGCCAAGCAUUAGCACACUCCUGCACCCAGUAUGGUGGGUCACAUCUUUCACUCUUGCCUCUCCAGGUGGCGGAAGCCUGCAGACAGCUAGCACAGCAUGCAUGCAGUUAGCAAUGCCCAGAAGAGUUUGGAGGUUUUGGGAUGUUUUUGAUUCUGCAGAUUCAGCACCUGGCACCCGCAAUCUGUUUGGCUAAUAUUUCACUUCCUCUGCUGAUUUUAGUCCUUACUACCUUUGUAGGAUCAACACAGGUAGACACAGAAUUGUAUCUCAAAACUGGGUAAAGUAUCACCAAUCCACACUUGUAUCAAUGCCUCUUUUACAGUGCACUUCUGUCUCGUUUGAUAACACCGUUGCUGAGAAAUCAACCAUGUGGAAGUGACUCAAAGUUAUGCUGUUGUAUCUGGUUUGGUUGAGAGGCGUUGUGAAAGGUGCAGCUGGACAUGAUUUUCAUAGGUCUGACUAUAUCCUUCUUGUACAGUAAUUGAAUACUCGAUCUGUUGCCCCCUUUUGUCUGCAAAUGGGCUAGCUGGUAAGAAAUGUGCCUGAUCAAUGAAUGUAGAUAUACUUCCUACAAAGCUGUUGUGUGAACACUUAAGAGGCUGUUGCAGUGGUAGUUGGUUCUUUUCUGAAACUACCAACUCAGUGGAAAUGGAGGCCACUGUACAAAAUUAGUUGCCUGAGUUUUUAAUUUAAGUGGAGUGUAGAGUAUCUUUAAUAAAGAUAGCCAGUGCUUUAUUUUAUCUUCUGAGCAUAAAUGGAGCAAUAACUCAUGGCAUCUGAGUGCAACCAGACAGAAGAAUUGGAUUAAUCUUUAGGAAUCAAAGGAGAGAAUGGUCUGACAUGGCACUUGCAGCCCUGUUGUGCCUUGCUCUUAGAUCUUUUUUCCCCCUUACAUACACUGUGAUGCUCAGAAUGCUUGCAAUAACUCCCACAAGAGUCUUAACAGAAUCUCCUUUAAGGUCUUCUAGUAUUCUUCCAUAUUAUCUUCACUGUAGCUAACCUGAGGUGUGGGUCAAUGCAAUUGAGAUUUUGGACUUGUUUCUUUUUCUAUGACACUGCUGCAGCUAGCUGUGAUUUUUCAAACUGGGUGGCAGGGAAAUGUCAGGUACCUCAAGUGGGUGUGCAGCUAUGGUUUUGACCUAUCAGUACCUUUAAACUGAUUCAAGUUAUCCAAAAAGGAAUUCUGAUUUAAGUUUAGCUUUUAAAGAAAUAUGUGUGCAUUUUGAAACAAAUGUGAACAUUAAAUUGUGCAUGUUUAGUUCUCAUUUGAAAAUGAUUUGUCAUCUUUUUUCUUGCUUAUUUUCCAACAUUGUAUAGCUAUUCUUGUGGCAAAAUUGGCCAUUUACACUUCAAUUAGUUACCUUUUACCCACCAUUUAAGCAACUUGCCACAUAUUCCUUAAGAAAAUUUUUACUAAGUGGAGAAUAUACAGAGAAAAAUAUUAAUGUUUCUUUAAGUGUAAGAAUGCCUUGCUAGAAUAAGAGGCGAGCUGUAAUGAUGGCAAUUCACAUAUUUUGCUCCUUUUAUCAUCACUAGACAGGUGCUGGUGUACAAGAAAAUGGUCUUUUACUCAUUCCCAUUUGAAAGUUCAUCAUUCCAUUACAUGUUCUGGAUUGUUUUUGUUGUAUUUGUUGUAUUUUAUCAUUUUACUUAGAUGAGUUUGGUUCAGUGGCCUCAGUCAUUCUGUUCUUUAAAUAAUGGCAGUUAACCUUUUGUGGGCAAUUUCAGAGGUCCAGGGGCCCAGGCACACACUGCUGCUGAAUUGCAAAACAAAAUUGAGCAGUGACAAAAAAGCCACAUUCUCACCUUUUUACUAUUUCCACUGCACUAUUAUUUGUCAGUAAUUCUGUGGCAGUGACUUUGGGAGUCGAAGGGACCACAAGGUCCAUGAGUUAUUCACCCUGAUGUAAAUAAAACAUAAUUUAUUUACUGUGACAACAGUACAAGGAAACAGUACUUUACUGAAUACAUUUGUGACGUCUUUGUUCUCUUUUGGAGUCUCACCAAUUACGUCCAUCUCUGAAAUUAUACUGGCGACUGUAUUAUAUACCCCAGAGGGCUUAUUUAUAGUUCUUAUAAGAUUUUUUUGCUGAUAUCCUGUCUGGCUGCUUCUCCACAGAACCCUAAUUUAUCUUUUAAAAACCAAACACAAUCUUGGGGCUAGAGCUGAUGCUGUAACAAGAGAACUGGAGCCUGAAAAUCAAGUAAGGUUCCACUGCCAGCCUGUUAAGCAGAGUGAAAGGGUGCUUCAGAGCAAUGGAAAUGUCACUAGUGUGGAUUAUUUAAAAGCCAGCAAUAGCAAACUCAAAUACAGGAAACUUUUCAGAAGAUUAAGCUUCGCAAUAGUUUUGAGUUUGCCAUACCUUCUGAUGUUGUAGGCAAGGAUUUGCCAUCAAAAUAGGCUAUAAUUGAGCAUGCAGUCCUUUAAUUUGGGCAUCAUGUCUUGAGAUACCAUAGUAAAGGUAUGCUGUAUAGCUUGAGAACAGAAGCAGGUAAGUGGCUUUAAACCAUGGCUGCCUGUCUGGACAACCAUUUUGGGUUCAACAUCUGGCAUGAUACUUGCAUUGUGCCAAAUUGAGAUUAUUAUUGCCAAAACAGCUAGCUUUAUGUUGUAGGCUCACUUCACAUUCAUUCAUUAAAAAUUAUCCGAUUCUCAUUCAGACAGAAAAGAUGAGGUAGCAAAUGUGUCUGCAUAGAAUCUGCUUUCCAUUCCCUCCCUAUCUUCUGUGUGUAGCAGUAAUAGAUGUGCUUCUAUUCUAGUCUUGGUUCUACACCUUCAUGGACCUAUUACCUAGUUCUUUACUCAUGCUUGAAGGUUGAUCAGUGGCACCUCCAAGACAAAUGCCAUGGUCUCGGUUGCUCUUCCACUGGCAAAAGCUGUACAUUUACAUGGAAGCUUCCACAGAUAUAAAAAGGUCUCGUUCACUUGGAUUUACAUGUGAAAUAUUCUAAGCCAUCCUCCAGUUGGGUUUAGGCCAGAAUCUUAGAUUUUUUAAAAAUGUAAGCCUUGUCCCUGGAUUAUGUCCUGUAAGAUCCAGAUUUUUUUUUUCUUAUGGCAUUUUCUGCACACACAGUGAUUUCUAUAGAGAACCUCUUUUUAAGCUUCCCAUCUCCAGUUUUCCUUUCUUUAUUUCUCCAAGGUCUUACAGAACUCCCCUCAAUUCAAGCAUCAGAUCCAUACUAAUUAAAAAAUGCAUUCUGUGUUCAGGAGUGGCUGCCUGACCACCAAUGCCUCCUGGAAGGUUAUUGGUAGUUCUUCCACCUGCUGCUUCAUCAGGUAUCGAAAGAAUGUAUAUGCUCCUCUGCAGUUCUCCAGCAGAUGCUAGGGAACAUGAUGUCUUCAUUGUACAGCCAGGCAGGUAGUGCUUUUGGACAUUUUUCUCUUCUUUUGGCUGUUUAUAGUAUCAGCAUACCUAUUCCCAGUGAAUGUUUUUACAGCCGUCCCAUAACACAUAUUAUAGAAUAUUGAGGGUUCCCUGCUUUCCUGUUCCAUUCAGGUUUUUUCCCUGUGCUGUUGAGGCAAUCCUCCCCCUUUCUUACCUAUGCUUUUUCCUCCAGUAGUACAUGUCACCAUUUACUGGAAGAAUUAACUGUUGUUGUCUGUUCAGUGGGACAACCGUAAAACCAACUUUCAUUUUGUCAAUUUUAGCUCUUAAGCAACACUGUUAUCCUGAAGCAUUUACUGUCCACAAAUCAUGUUGAUUUACUGGACUAAGUACUGGUUUUAAAUACUAAGUAACUGAAACUUUACCUUGUUCAUCAGGUAAGAUACCUGCCUAGUAACAUGUAGGAUUUCCUUCUAGACAUUUCAAUAUGUGGCUGUUUAUAUGUACACAUACAUGCGUGUGUAUACAAACACAAAUCCUUAAGCAAAAUUAUUUUUCUGCACCUAUGUGAUAAGGAUUUCAGUAUAACAUCCAAGCAGAAUACACCUGGCCCAGAAGUUAUUUGCAUGCAGUUGGCGCUUCAUGGAACUAUGAAUAUACUUAAGGUACCAGUGAUGACAUGAACCUGCCCUGGUACAGAUUAAUAGUCUGCCCCUCCAUCCAGCCACACUGUGUACAAAAAAAUAAGCAUUUGUGUUGCUGUAUACACAUCUGCCAUGUAGAGUUUGCCCAUGUGACCUUAGUGAGACUGCUACACAACGCUCUGCCUAUAGGUUCAUUUUGCCAGUGCAGCAGCAUUUUCUGUAAACAUAACAUGAAGAGGAAGAGCAAUUGAAUUGUCCUGAUCUAGAAUACUGCACAACAAACAUGGGCUUCCAUGCAUGUAUUUCUGUUGCUUUAUGUGCAUGCAAAUAAGUGCUAUGCAAGCAGUGUCCAUUUGCAGGAAUGGAAUGUAACCAAGUCACCACCAUUUUCACUGCCAGUGCAAAUCACUUGUGUUUGGGGCAAGGUGGAAGGAGAAUACCCUGAUUUAGGUCCUUUCCCCCCCGCAGCCUGUAUUUAAGUGAUUUGCAACAGGAUGUAGUGAAGGGUUAUUUGUAAUUCCUAGUGAAAUUCAGAAAGAAUACUAAUUCAAAACAGUUGCAUGGAACAGUAAUUUAGAAGACCUCAACUAACCAAAUACAUUAACCAGUUAAUCUGUUACAGACAUGAGAGGAGGGUGGCCACUUAACCCUAAAAAUUUAUAUAUGCCUACUGUGAAUCACAAAUUUGUGAAGUCAAGGAUGCUUAUAUUCUAAAAGUUACUCAAGCUUAUGGAGAAACAUUAGCUUCAAUAGAGAGGAGGACUUGGACAUUUAAGUCAAGUAAAUACCAAAAAUAAUUCAGUUAUGCAGCUUUAAAAAAAAUUCAAACAUCCUGCAAACGAGCUAUUUCUGUACAUGGAAGGGCUCCAGUGGAAGAUCCUACAUUGCAGAAUGGGGAGGCAGUUUUCUCCAAUCCCUUUCUCUCCUUGCAGACCUCCCACACAGCUCCAGAAAGUGCAAGAGACUAUAGAAGAAAUAAGCAAAAGUUGCCUUGCCUUUUUCCACCAGCAGGCACACUCCCUUCACAGAACUUCAUUUAAGGGAUGCUCCCAAGGGCAGGACAAAAUCUGGAUCCAAUGCCAUCUGUGCCCAACAGGCCAGGCUAUGACCUGCCAACACAUGUGUGCUACAGCAGCUUGAGUUAAUAUCAUUUGUCACAAAUUCAAAACAGUCCAUUCCAUUGUAUUAAGCAGAUAAGUUUCUUUUAAUGUCAGAUCUAGUCAAUUCAGCCAUUUUAGUCUAAAUGUGACACCUUUAAGUUGUAUUAUUAGAACAGGUUUCUAGAAUUUGAUGAGUUUGUCAAAUAUUGCAUGGAAUAUGUUUUAAAACUUACUUAAGAUAUAAACCUUUUACACCAGCUUGAAUGUAUUAUUUAGAAAGCACAUAUUAAUUUUGCAUUAAAUGUCUGUAUUGUUCUACUGCUUAAACUAGCAUUUUUCUUUGAAAACUACAAUUUUCACAAAUUAUUCCAAUUGCGGUAGAUCCUUAGCAGCUGUAAAAUAGCAAUUUUGUGUUUUAUUUGAUAUAGAAUUGUACAAACUGCAUUUAUUUAUACAGAGGCAUUUAUAAUACUUUUACAAAUGUUCUUAUAUUCUGAAUAAAUUUCUAAUGCGAAA